AUGUCGUCGAGCAACAGAAACUACGAUUUCUUGAUCAAGCUGCUGCUGAUCGGAGACUCGGGCGUGGGCAAAUCAUGCUGCCUGCUACGCUUUAGCGAGGACUCUUUCACCCCCUCCUUUAUUACGACCAUCGGCAUCGACUUCAAGAUCCGGACAAUCGAGCUCGAUGGCAAGCGGGUAAAACUUCAGAUCUGGGACACGGCCGGGCAGGAGCGGUUCCGGACCAUCACGACAGCGUACUACCGGGGCGCCAUGGGUAUCCUGCUGGUAUACGACGUCACCGAUGAGAGGUCAUUCAACAACAUCCGCACGUGGUUUGCCAACGUGGAGCAGCACGCGACAGAAGGCGUCAACAAGAUCCUGAUCGGCAACAAGUGCGACUGGGAGGAGAAGCGGGUGGUGUCAACGGAGCGGGGCCAGCAACUGGCCGACGAGCUGAACAUCCCUUUCCUCGAGGUUUCGGCCAAGACCAACAACAACAUCGACAAGGCCUUUUACAGCCUCGCCGCCGACAUCAAGAAGCGCAUCAUCGACACAUCCAAGCCAGACCAGGCGGGGUCUGGGCCGGCGGUGAAUGUCGGUGAGCAGAGCGGGGCCGGUGGCGGUGGGAAGUGCUGUUAG